AUGGUUAGAUCUAAGUCAAUUGUGGCGAAAGGAAAGGGGGAGUCGGGAUCUGCUCGGGUUAAGUCCCUUCACCCGAUAUACUCUACCAUAGCGGACCCGGCGGCGUUUAUUGAACAUGUUGGCUUACCGCCGUCAGCAGAAGUGAAGAUUCCCGGCUCGGACGAGGAAGCCUUUGAUUGUCCGGAGGGGUAUGUAGUCAUGUAUGAGUAUCCGUUCACAAUUGGCUUUAAAUUCCCUUUCACUCCUCUAGCUAGGUCUUUUAUCGAGGUUUUCCAUUUGAGUUUGGGUCAGGUGAUGCCCCAGAUCUGGCGGGUUUUCGCGGUGGUGCACGGGGCUACUGCGAACUGGCGGAUGCCGUUUGAUCUGGCUGACUUGAUGUACACUUACGACCUAGUGCUGCAAAAGUGUUGUAGGUAUACCUUGGUCACGAAGAAGGGGAAGACAAAUUUAGGUGUUGGUUUAGCUGUGAACGACAGGGGUUGGCAGAGUCGUUUUGUCUAUGUAAGCAAAGACUCCCUGGGAGAUAAAGGGCAGUUUUUUGUUGAAGGGUGGACGACGAAAGUUGUCAAGGUGUCGUCGUUGACUGAGUUGAAUGCUGAUUCACACGACAAGUAUCAGAAGUUCUUGGGCUACUCUGUCGAGGACAGGUCUUUUAGUCGUGACGGAGAGUUUUUAGACGAACAAGAGGCGAGCCAAUCAGGCGACAUCGCCGAGGAGGAGGAGGUAGACGAGGAAUCGGGUCAACUGACUCGUCGUCGGAAAAGGUUGGAUUUGCUUGUAGAGGUAGUGGAAAACUCGUCGUCCACCGAAGGAGAAGUAGGCGAUAUGGCUGACAACUCAGAGCAUACUUUGUCGUCCAGGCCGGUGUCGAGGAUGUCUCAGAGCGAGAUUCAAGAGCGUGCGAGGAAACGACUAAGGUCGUCUUCGACUUCUGGUGGGCAAAGUAUGACGGUCGUACCUCGGUUCUCUGCGAUAGGCUCGUCAGCUGAUACGCCUGUCGUCAUAGGAGUUGAAGGUUUUCAUCCAAUUGCUUCGUCGUCGCCUCCAAAGUCGUUUAAGGCGUCAUCUACUGCUGUUGACGUUGGUAAGGUGUCUACUGCGUCGGCCAAGAAGUGUCCUGCCGAGAAGAGUUCCGUCGAGGAUACGGUUAUCACUUUGCCCCCAAGCUUCUUGGGCGAUGAUGAGACGACUGUUAUUUGGCCUUUCGCCGAUCGCUUGAUUCUACCUACGACGUACCAGCGAUAUCAUGAGGUGGAUCCUCUUCCUGUCGCGUCGGACGCCGCUGAACUUAGCCUGCGGGCGUCGCAGGCUGCUCUGGCUGUGCGUAGGCAGUGUUCGUUGUUGUGCGACGAGGUGACAAAUGCACGAAAGUAGGCGACGACGGCGAAGAAGGCGGCUGUGUCGUGGGAGGCGAAGUGGAAGGCUGAUGAGAAGAAGG